ACAAGACUGAUUUAUUUGGUUAAGAAAUACUUCUCUCUGAAACUAUUUUUUUUUAAAAUGAUAACACCCAGUAUUAUCAUAACACACGCAUUGAAAUGUGAGAACUACUUAACAGAUGAAAAUCUGACAGAUGCUGUGAGCAUAAUACAAAGCAGGAGGAGCUGAACCCAAACCUUCAAUUAAACAUUUCUGCAUUUAGACUUAAUUCUCUGACUUGUUAGGAACGUUGGGAACAACAUGAAAGCCGUUUAUACCUUCACAAUGAAAGAAGGAUUAGGACCACUUAACCUUAACUCACUGACAAAGUGCUCUCCUACGAAAUUCAGCCCACAGGACAAGACCACAGCCUUGGCCACACCUUAGCAUUACUGGUUUGCAGCAUUUCCCUAUCCUUUUCUGAAACGUUUUCAGCAUGGAAUCAAACAAUAGCAGAUCUGGCAAGAAUCCUCCUAUACACACAAUGAAAAAAUACUUCUGAGCUCCGCAAGUGAUAAGUCAAGUGUCACACUUUUCACGGCAACUGGAGGGUAGAAGUGGGGUUGGCUCGAGCUCAUAGGACUUUAUAAUGGCUUUAAUUUUUCGAACAGCAAUGCAAUGUGCUGCACUUUUAUUAUCUUUGCUGGGAUGGGUUUUAUCUUGCCUUACAAACUACUUGCCACACUGGAAGAACCUCAACCUGGACUUGAACGAGAUGGAAAAUUGGACCAUGGGACUCUGGAAAACCUGCGUCAUCCAGGAGGAAGUGGGGAGGCAGUGCAAGGACUUUGACUCCUUCCUGGCCUUGCCAUCUGAACUGCGGAUCUCCAGGAUCUUGAUGUUUCUGUCGAAUGGGCUGGGGCUGCUGGGGCUGCUGGUCUCGGGCUUUGGCCUGGACUGCUUGAGACUUGGAGAGACACAGCAGGGGCUCAAGAAGCAGCUGCUGAUCCUGGGAGGAGUCCUGCUGUGGACCUCGGGAGUCACGGUCCUGGCUCCAGUCUCCUGGGUGGCCCACAUGACGGUACAGGAGUUCUGGGACGAGACCAUCCCAGAGAUUGUGCCCAGGUGGGAGUUUGGGGAGGCGCUGUUCCUUGGCUGGUUUGCUGGGUUCUGCCUUGUGCUAGGAGGGUGUCUGCUUCACUGUGCAGCCUGCUCAAGGCCAGCUCCUCCAGCCUCGGGACGCUAUGCAGUGGCCCAACUGCAGGAUUAUUGUCAGCAACUGGAGCUGAAACACACCAACGCAGAAACCUAAGCUGAAGGGAUCAGGGGCAUCUACUCUUCAGUAGGUGCUUGCUUGGCACGAGACUUGGUAGGGUCUCUUGUUACGGUCACCCCCACUUGCUGUGCUUCUGAUUUUCUAAAAUGCAUAUUUUCCUCCUGUGGCUACUAAUUUCUUAAAAUACAUUUUAUUUCUACAACUGGGGAAAUUACUUUUAUUUUCUACUUGGAGACCAAAAGCAAUCAGGACCUAUUAAUGAAAUCAGUCAGUGUGCAUGAGCUCCCUCAAUUUUAAAAUAGGCUAUAAUUGCACACACACACGGGGGGGGGAGGGGGGGAGGGGGGGAGAGAGAGAGAGAGAGAGAGAGAGAGAGAGAGAGAGAGAGAGAGAGAGAGAGAGAGAGAGAACUGGUAAAUAAAACAUUAUAUGAGCAUUUCUGUAUCUCUGAAAGUAUUCUUCAUGCUGAGAUGAAUCAGUGGGGCAACAGAAGUAGGACUCCUGAUCGUUUACUUCUUUCAGGUGUUUAAGAUAUCUUAUCAGGAAACUAAGGUCUCUCUGGAUAUUAUUUAAAACUUACCAUAUCUAAGUACAAAAAGAAAAAACAAGCAAACAAAACCCCCAGAAACCUGCUGGCUCCUUAAAAGGACUCAGAAGUGAGGGAGAUGGGCCAUCAUCUUUUCAGAGACCUCAGUGUCUCUAUAGAGACUUCUCCAUGUCAGCCACAUCCGUUAAAGCAGGGGAGGGCAAUCCUGGAUUCUAGGAAUUCAGGUAGAAUCAGCCACAUAAAAGCGGUCCUGCUUCUGUGCCCUGUAUUUCACAGCCAAACCUGCUGCCUGCCCUGGCUCUGAGCAGCUACAAUGGACAGGACAGGUGCAUGUGGACACAGGGCCUCCUGGGACGCUGCCUCUUGGCGCACACUGCCUGCUCCAUGGUGUAAGGGUGGGGAGGAAGCAGACACUCAUGAGCCUUUGCUUCCCUGUGCAGUGAAAAUAAUCCAUCUCUUCUAUCCGUAAUACAUAAACCCCAACAAGAACUUUUAACAACAAGCUUCUGGCUUGAGGAAUUCUUCAUGGGACACUUUAUACUUGCUUGGUACAUGGUUCAGGCACAUGCUUGUGCUUGUGCCCAUGAAGGAAACACACUGAACAAUAAGCAACACUGAAAUACAGUAUUAGGCAAUAUCUUUGUUUUUUUUGUCUUUUUGUUUUUUUUAAAAAAAACAGUUUUUUUCUGUCCACAAACACACGGAAAGUGCAGAAACUGAACUUAAUCUAUGUGCUGUAUUUGCAUACUUUUACAAACAAGACAAAACAGAAACAUAUUCAGAAUUUAACCUGAUUAAAUAUUUAGUUCCAUCCUGAGCUUCUGACAUUUAAUACAGUAUAAAGCCAUAGCAAAAAUAAAAAUACAAAAAGAAUUAAAAUUGAUUUUAUUUGCAUGCUUCAGCUAAACUUUGUUCACCUGGCUGGUAAUUUUUUUUUUUUUGUACCUGUAACACUUAGGAGUCAAAAUUGUAAUAACAUACUGGUAAUUCAAACUUGAGAGCUAAAUAUUAAAUUCUUUUUACCCUGUGCAGAAUAAAUUCUACCUUUUAAAAAUAGUUUUUUAUAAUAUUAAAAUUCAUAUUUGUCCAUAUGGUUUUGUGAUCAAGUUAGUAAAAUGUUUUGUCAUUGUGAGUUAUUUGAGUUAGUACAAAUGUGAAAGGACUAUUAAAAACUGCCUGUAAAUACAUAACACUAUUGCUGAUUUUAAAAGUGUGGAAAAGGAUUAUAUUAAAAUAAGUUUGCCUCUCAUGUUAGAAAUGAGCAAGUUUUGUAAAAUAAAACCAAAGCUUGGUCAUGACUGCUCACUACCAGCCCGAGACAGAUUUUAUUCUUUAAUACUUGUCUGAAACUUUUUGUAUUACAAAAAGUUAGCAGUUGAUCUGAUGAAGAUUUAUAAUGCCGUAAAUACUCCAAUAUAGCCUUUCUACGUCCAACAUUUAAAAUGGCCAGAACCAAACUAUAUAUUAAACAGAACAUAAAUAAGACCGUAAAUAAAUAAUGAAAAUAAAAUCGUACGUUACAACUACACAAUAUUCUAUAAACAUCUUCAUGGUCAAAUAAGAUGCUCGAAAACAGCUGACCUUCAUUUAGCUCUCUAUUAAAUAAACUUGUGCUGUUCACAUUUGACCUUAACAGGGAUGAAUGGUAUACUUCAGGUUUCCUUAGUCAUCUAACAGAACUAGGCAGCCUUGAAGAGCUGUACCAAGUCAAUCCCUAGGCUGGUUUUGUUCCAAGUAGUGUCACGUCCAGUUAUCUUCUAAGAAAUUCUAUGUAGGUGGUGGAACAUAACGCUCGAAUUUUAGGCUCAGAAACUUGAUAACAAGUUCUGACUGAAUUUAAACUUUGAUUCUGAUAAAAUGAACUUUAUAAAAUAUGCAUAGAUUCGAGAAAAUAAAAAUUUUUGCUAUUGGGGAUUCCGGCAGAACUUAACAUCCCCGCCCCCCCCAACAGAACCUCCUUUUUCUUUCUUUUAAUUCCCGUGAAUUAUUUUGCAUUAAAAAUAAUUUAACUUGCUAUAUAAGA